AUGGAGGCGGCACUGGAUAGCGGUGCAAAGGUAAAGCACAUCAUCCUCGUCCACGGCGUGUGCCACGGAGGCUGGAGCUGGUACAAGGUUGCGGCGGGGCUACGGUCUGCGGCUGCGGCGGCUGGGCACGCCUACCGCGUCCACGCGCCGGACCUAGCCGCGUCGGGCAUCGAUGACCGCCGGCUGCCAGAGGUAGCAACGUUCAGCGAGUACACGGGGCCGCUGCUCGAUGCACUCCGGUCGCUCCCGGCCGGGGAGAAGGCGGUGCUCGUUGGGCACAGCCUCGGGGGCCUUAGCGUCGCCCUCGCCACCGAGAUGUUCCCGGACAAGGUCGCAGUCGCCGCGUUCCUAUCCGCUUACAUGCCGGACUGCGUGUCCCCGCCGUCGCAUGUCCUCAUGCAGCAUGGUGAGGGCAACUGGGUAUCCCUGUUGGACAACGGGAUGAAACCCCAAGAUGCAGAUGGAAGACUCCCGGCUUCCUUCAUGUUCGGGCCGCAAUUUAUACAACAAAAGCUCUAUCAGUUGUGCUCAUCAGAGGACAUCACCCUUGCGAAAUCUCUCAUGCGAGUCGGCUCAUUGUUCCUGGAAGACCUGCAAGCCCGUCAGCCAUUCACCGAGGAACGCUACGGCUCGGUCCGCAAGGUCUAUGUAGUAUGCAAGCAAGAUGUAACCAUACCAGAGGCAUACCAAAUGUUGAUGGUGGCCAAAAACCCGGUGGACGAGGUCAGAGAGAUCGACGGUGCAGAUCAUAUGGCGAUGCUCUCGGCACCUGAACAGGUUGUCAAGUGUAUCCUCGACAUUGCUGAGAAAUAUAAGUAA